CCCUUGCCCGCUUUCACGACAACAAGACUACAUACCGAGCAUACAUAGUAGCACGACGUUUCAGCCAUUUGUAUUGUUGCACCACAGUAUCCUCUUGGCGCCAGUCCGAUCCCCGACUUGAGAUAAUGGCUUCCUCACCCCCUCCUACCACAGCAGAAGACACCACGACGAUGGAUGUGGACGCCGAAAUGGCAGACAACACACAAGAGACGGCGGCGGAAGGCUCCUCGACGCAGCGAAACAAUCCGGAAGCCUCUUCAGGCACCCUGGACAACGAAUUCACCCAGUCGGAAACGCAGCCAACAGCGACAACGUCCGCGGGCGCACAGCAGAAUCGCAAGGACAUUACACUCCGAGAGUUUCUCAGCAAAAUGGAUGAUUAUGCCCCGAUUAUCCCCGAUGCCGUAACGUCGCAUUACCUCACACUCGCCGGACUUCCUCCCCCUUCGCCGCACGACCCGACCGGCGCAAACACGAACACCACACCUCUCCCUCUUGCUCGGUUGUUGGCGCUUGCGACGCAAAAGUUCGUCGCCGACGUCGCCGCCGACGCGUACCAGUACAGCCGCAUUCGCGCGGGCAAUUCUGCAAGCACGAGUAAUGCGCUCGGCAAUGCCGCGAUGGGAGGCGGCGGUGGUGCCGGACAGGGGUCAUUCGGCGGUUCCGGCGCCACUGGCGGAGGAGCCGGAGCAAAGGGACAGCAGGCGGCACAGCUGGGCGUGCAGAGAAGCGGCUACGGCGGCGGCGGUCAAGGUGGGAGCGGACAGGGCAGAGCGGUGUUGACCAUGGAAGACCUUGGUAUGGCGGUUCAGGAGUACGGAGUCAACCUCAAGAGAGGAGAGUUCUACCGGUGAAGAGAAAGUCAAACACACAACAACCACCCCCCGACGACGGUGGUCUGCCUGGACUCCGAAAUCGACGAUACGGCUCACAGAGUGCGUCGCAGACGCAUAUUGUUUUGGGUUCCUUCAGGACCACUUACAUUUCCCGAAGCUCCACGGCUUCCUUUUUUGGUCCAAAAGCAAAACGGAGGAGGGUCGGAUAGAAUAAAGGCUUUGGCACCUGUACAGUACUAUUUCGAUCAUAAUGAUACCCACGAUUUUUGUUGUUCCA